ACCAAAAGCACUGUCCGUUUCCGCUACUUUGCUUCAUUUUAUUCUCUCAACACAGGGGUGUCACUCCCGCGUAUUUGAUAAGGUGGAUAUUGCGUGCUGUUAAAGUGUUUAUUGUAAUCGAUUAGAAGAAUUGUACAAAACAAUGGGCGAAGAUUUCAACGGAGAUCGUGAGCGUCAAGAACGAGGCCAAGAUAGAGACAAGGAAAGGGAAAGAGACAGGGAUAGAAGACAUAGAUCGAGGAGUCGUGAGCGAAGGAAGCGUUCCAGAUCACGGUCAAAGGAUCGUCGUGAUCGUAAAAGAAGUUCCUCUCCCAAAAAGGGACGCAGUUCGCGAAGAAGAAAACCCUCCCUCUAUUGGGAUGUUCCGCCACCAGGUUUUGAACACAUUACACCGUUGCAGUACAAAGCAAUGCAAGCCGCAGGUCAAAUACCAGCCAAUAUCGUAGCAGACACACCACAGGCAGCAGUACCCGUUGUCGGUAGUACAAUAACACGUCAAGCCAGGAGACUCUAUGUCGGAAACAUUCCAUUUGGAGUAACGGAAGAAGAGAUGAUGGAGUUUUUCAAUCAACAGAUGCAUCUCUCAGGUCUUGCGCAAGCUGCUGGCAACCCAGUACUUGCCUGCCAGAUUAAUCUUGACAAAAAUUUUGCCUUUCUCGAGUUUCGGUCUAUUGACGAGACGACACAAGCCAUGGCAUUUGAUGGUAUUAAUUUCAAGGGACAAAGUUUGAAAAUCAGAAGGCCACACGAUUACCAGCCGAUGCCUGGCAUGACAGAUAAUCCUAGCAUGAAUGUGCCAGGUACGAUUCCUGAUUCACCACACAAGAUCUUUAUUGGUGGUUUGCCCAACUACUUGAACGAGGAACAGGUCAAGGAGCUGCUGAUGAGUUUUGGACAAUUACGGGCAUUCAACCUGGUCAAGGAUUCCGCCACUGGGUUAUCGAAGGGGUAUGCGUUCUGCGAGUACGUAGAUGUUACCAUGACGGAUCAGGCUAUAGCUGGAUUAAAUGGAAUGCAACUUGGAGAUAAAAAACUUAUCGUCCAACGAGCGAGUGUCGGAGCUAAGAAUCCGAUGAUCGGUGCUCAAGCACCAGUUCAAAUACAAGUUCCUGGGCUCUCAAUGGUUGGCACCAGCGGCCCGGCCACAGAGGUAUUGUGUCUCUUGAACAUGGUCACACCCGAGGAACUGAUGGAAGAAGAGGAAUAUGAAGACAUUCUAGAAGACAUUAAAGAAGAAUGUAAUAAAUAUGGAGUCGUACGGUCCGUGGAGAUUCCAAGACCCAUAGAAGGCGUUGACGUACCUGGUUGUGGAAAGGUCUUCGUCGAAUUCAAUAGCGUAAUAGAUUGUCAAAAGGCGCAGCAAACUUUGACCGGACGUAAGUUUAAUAACAGAGUUGUAGUAACGUCUUACUUUGAUCCAGACAAAUAUCAUCGCAGAGAAUUUUAAGACAAGGAUUCCAUUCCUCUAACCAGUCAAUAAUUGAUCAGAAAUUAAUUAUGAUUAUAAUCAGAACUAAGAUGAGUAAUGCUAUGGUUAUCGCCAUAGCGUGUGUCUAUACUUGUAUGUUGUCCGUCAUUUGGUAUGCUUUUGAAUAAUCAGGUGAUCCUGAACGACAUAAUAACAUUAUUAUUUCUACCCGACAGUCGCUUCGAAAUAUAGAAUUAUAUUGCCUGAUACUGUGUCGCAACUUUGAUUAUUUUAUUUUAUUUUUUCAUUUCUGAACAAUGUUCAAAAUAUCGAUACUUUGUCGUUUUCAAAUCUCAGCGCGCUAUUUUCAAAAUGGCGUUAAUCAAAUUGAAUCAUGAUUUGAAAGCAUACCCGUCGUGUUUGACAAGAGUGUAGGAUAUGAAACAUUGGCCGGCUAAUGAAUGUUGAAAAAAAUGAUUUUUCAAACGAGUUUCAUCGCUCUCGAUAAUUGUGUUUGUACGGAUUACGAAAUUCCUUUAUUUUCAUCUUGUGAUAGAACACAGGCACAACUGUUUUAUCUACUUUACUUAUUGUGUGUCGUUUUGUCAGUUUUGACAUCGACGACUGCUGUCUUCGUAGAUGCUUUUGACCAGCUAUAUACUAACUUCACUUCAAUGUUUAAUCAAACAGAUUCACAAUUGAUUGUGGAUUGUACAUUGUGGAUAUUAGUUAUUAUUAUUGUUUUAUUUUCCGCUGAUUAGAGACCAAGUAUUUCAGAAAAAAAUAUAUAAUUUAAUUGAAAUUAGAAACUCUAGGUUUUAAUUUCACAUGUGUGUUGUUCUAUGAUCGAUAGUCUACAAUCAAAUUUUGUCACUACUGCCUACAGGCUAACGUCCAAUCAAUACAGAUACAGUUAAAGAAAAAAAAAAAAAAAAUUGUAAUUACAUGAAGAAACGAAAGGAAAAAAAAAAUUCCAUUUCUCGCUAUUUCUUGGCAAAGUCAUACGUGUACAUAUAAAUAUAGAGAAAAUGGUAUAGUAUAAAUAAAUUUUCAUCUAAAUUCGAAGAAAUUCAAAAGAAAAUUGCUUUAGAUGUUACAUGAAAGUCAAAAAGGAAAGAAAAAAAGAAAUAAUAAUAAACAAUUUUUAAUUUAACACGGAGUGUCAAUUUCUCCGAUGUGAUUAUUAUAUAAAUAUAUGAAAUAAUAAAUGUAUUACGAUACACAUAAUAAUGAUAAUAAUAAAACAGGUGGUUAUUGGAGUGCGUA